ACAGCAAAGCAAAGAAGCCAAAUAACCAACGUGAUUUUAUAGCACAUGUUGCGUUUUACACCGCUUAAGAAACUUUACGACGCUCCCUAAUCACCACUACCAACGUGACCUUUGCCCUUUUGUCGUGUUGCUCGCUACCGUAGCAUGCAGUGGGUAACAACCGGAGGACUGUGCACGCUCCGACACAGCCACAUUAUCAAAGACGUGCUCAGACAUUUACCGAGAUUUGUGGCUCGUCGGAACAUGUCGUCGUCUCAAGCGAAGCGGCCGGUUUCCUUACUGGGAACUAUGGCGUUUGGUGGUCGCGCUGACGCCAAGCAGAGCCUGGAGAUGGUGCAGGCUUUCCUGGACAGAGGACACAAACAGCUGGACACAGCCUUCAUGUAUGUAGAUGGGAAGUCAGAGACGGUCAUAGGAGACAUGAAUCUCCCCAAAACAGUAAGCAUCGCGACCAAGGCCAACCCCUGGGAAGGGAAGACGCUGAAGCCAGAGAGUGUGCGCUCCCAGCUGGAAACCUCCCUUCAGAGGCUGCGGACCGAUUGUGUGGACCUUUUCUACCUCCAUGCCCCUGACCAUCAAAACCCCAUCCAAGAUACUCUGAGGGCCUGCAAUGAACUACACAAAGAGGGAAAAUUCAAGGAGUUUGGCCUGUCAAACUAUGCAUCGUGGGAAGUGGCUGAAAUUGUGUGCAUCUGCAGACACAACAACUGGAUUGUUCCCACUGUUUAUCAGGGGAUGUACAAUGCCACUACAAGACAGGUUGAGAAAGAGUUGCUGCCAUGUCUGAGAUACAACGGAAUGAGAUUCUACGCAUACAACCCUUUAGCAGGUGGACUUCUGACAGGAAAAUAUCAUUACGAAGACAAAGAUGGUUCCCAGCCUGCUGGACGAUUCUUUGGUAACAGCUGGGCCACAGCAUAUAGGGACAGAUACUGGAAGCAGAGUCAUUUCCAGGCCAUAGAUGUGGUUCUGAAGGCCUUGGAGACAGUGUAUGGCUCAGAAAAACCCACCCUGACGUCUGCUGCUAUGCGCUGGAUGUACCACCACUCCCAACUUAAGGGUGAGCUUGGAGAUGGAGUCAUCAUUGGCAUGUCAAGCAUGGAGCAACUUCAACAGAACUUGGUGGCUGCAGAGGAGGGUCCUCUGGAUGAGAGAGUGGUUGCUGCCUUCAACGAAGCCUGGAAUCUUGUGGCCCACGAGUGUCCAAACUACUUCCGAUAAGGGCCCUCUUUUUACCAUAGAGCCAAAGUCUCCAUUAGAGUCCAAUCAAAUGUUCAAAAAAAUUUUUUUUACAGAGAAUAGAUCUGCUAAAGCCCCAUUCCGCUAAGUUACUAAAUUGUAAAUUUUUCCUGAAAUCACCCUUGAAAUUAGUUGUUUUCUUUUGAAUGGAUCAGUUGGAAACCAUUACAUGUUAAUAUGCUACAGCACUUCAUUGUUAUUGUAUAAAUUUAAAAAUGACAAGAUAUGUUUUCAAGGAGAAAUACGCUUUUCUGGAGCUUGCCUUAAACUGUUAGAUUAAAAAGAAAUUUUCUCACAUCAACAAAAUGUUUGUCUUACCCACAAAAAGCAUCAAUUGGGUUGGUCUAACACAUGAAGCAGUAUGUGCUUGUUUUCAAUACAAAACUUUUUGUCAUUAUGUUGACAAAUCUUGACAAUGCAAGCGGCAUCAAGAUAAUUACAUGUACAAGACUGCUGAGUCUUGACUCCACUCACCAGUGUGUUUUAUGAACAACAAUUCAGUCCAAAGCUAAAAUGCAGGGCGAAUAGGGAGAUAUUACACAGAGUCCAGGGUCAGCACAGCUAGUCAGGAUGAAUGGUUUCAAUGUCCCUCUGGAGUUGGGGUUGGCAAAAAAUGACUUUUAAAAACAUAUCUGUACAAACACCUGCCCAUGCAGAUGUUUUAUUCUGCAUCAUCAUCAUCAUCUUCAUUCUCCUGCAUA